UUUUUAAAAAUACAAUAAAAGUGUAUUUUAUAAUAAAAUGGCUUUAAAAAUAUAUGCGUAGAAUAUACAAACGCCCAUACUUACAUAUGUGUGUAACAACUUAAUAGUGACUAUAUGUGUAACGACUGUAACCAAGUCCAAUUGAUGGCAUGAAAAUUGUUUGUGGAACACACGACAAGAAAGAGAAGGGGAAUUUGCGAAGAACAGGUUAAAAGAAAAGUGCAGUAAUGUUGGUAUUGUAUGGAAGUAUAUAUGUACAUACAUAAGUUCCAAUCAAAUGAAAUUUUAAAGUUAUUAAAGAAAAUUGCAAUGCGUACAAAUCUGUGAAUACGUACGGCGGAAACUGUGGUGUAACAGGUAGUCUCCACCGAAACAGCAAAGUAACAAGUGAGAAGUGAUAGUUGGAAAACCGACCAAUACGGAAAGGAGGAAAGACAUUAAACUGUGAAAACGUUAAGGCAUGUCAACAAAUGUGAAAAUCCUUUAAUUUUAUACAUAUGUCUAUGCAGAGAAAUUUGUUUAGUCAACACGUUAAUAUUUUUAACAAAUCCAAGAAAAUACUCCACUAAUAUUACAAAUGCAAAAGCAAAUAAAAGAAAAAGACUUCCUGUGAUCAUAUUCAAGACAUUCUAAUAAACAAACGGCCAUAUAUACAAAACCUUAAAAAGGAAAUAUGCAGGUCUCAGAAUAUUUGGUGUCGCUAUAUAUCGCAACAUGUGGACAAAAUGGGCCAGGACUUGGAGCGGAUGAAAAGGAAAUAAUAUUGCUAGUGUACAUUAUUUUGGAAGCUAGUAGCGGAAAGAUUAUUGGAACAAAGCAGCUUCUGGUGCGACCUGACGGUAGCUUUGCUAAUGAUCGUACAGUGUCCGGCUCAUCUGAUGCUUCAGUAGUCGUACGAGCGUCAUCGCCUGCUCUUGCCUCCCAGCAAGCUGAUGUCAUUAACAAUAACAACACUAGCGUUAGUAACUCAAACACAUUGUUGAAAAGUGCAUACAACAAUCCAAGUACAACUGUAAUUCAUAGUAGCAAUAAUAACUCGAUCACAAAUGGAUGUAGUAGUAGUAUUGUACCGGCAGAUUCGAUUACAACAACAGUUAACACAGCAUCCUUCUCCGAGACAAUUGAGCUUCCUUUAGCAGUUGCUCACUCUCAGGGAAAGCCCCUCCAGGAAGCAAUAGACGAGUUCGAUGAAUAUUUACGCUCUUUGACAUUAUACGGCGAUAAUAUCGAUAGUAUCAAUUUGAUUACUGACGGGCAACUUCCCUUGCGUCAGUGUCUUCAUCGGGAGGCCUGCGCCAAAAGCAUUCAGCUACCGAACUAUUACAACCGUUUCUGUGAUCUGCGCAAAGAAUUCCUCAAGUACAAGUCAGGUGACUUAUCACGCGCUUUGGUUCCCGUCAAAGACAUAAAAAAAAUACUCCAAAUACCAACAGCUGCGGCACCUCAAAGUAUUGGAGAGAUGAUGAAAGACCUAAAUAUUACUAAUAGUGAAGAACAGGAGUUCUAUGUUAAAGAAUCUCGUGAAAUGGUCUCGGUGAUACAAGUAAUGUUAAAAGGAGGACACAAAUUUAAAGCAAAUGAAAUAGUGACCCUAGUUCUGGAACCUGGAAUUUGCUCAAUUGACGACGACAUAGACGGUAAUUGUAUUGUACGUGCUCGAGGUUUACCUUGGCAGAGCAGUGAUCAGGAUAUAGCUAAAUUUUUUCGUGGUCUGAACGUUGCCAAGGGUGGUGUUGCUCUUUGCCUAUCGCCUCUCGGUCGACGUAACGGUGAGGCUCUUAUUCGUUUUGUAUCACAAGAGCAUCGCGACAUGGCACUAAAGCGUCACAAACAUCAUAUUGGCAGCCGAUACAUUGAGGUUUAUCGAGCUACUGGUGAAGAUUUCUUAGCCAUUGCUGGCGGAGCUUCUAACGAAGCGCAGGCUUUCCUCUCUAAAGGAGCACAGGUCAUAAUACGCAUGCGAGGCCUACCAUAUGAUUGCACCGCCAAACAAGUAUUGGACUUUUUUACUACUGGUGAGGACCCUUGUACUGUUCUUGAUGGUGUAGAAGGAGUGCUUUUUGUCAAAAAACCAGAUGGCCGAGCGACUGGUGACGCCUUCGUGCUAUUUGCUAUUGAGUCGGAUGCGCCUAAGGCGCUUUCUCGCCAUCGCGAAUCAAUUGGUCAGCGUUAUAUAGAACUAUUUCGCUCGACAACAGCAGAAGUGCAGCAGGUUUUAAAUCGUUCCAUGGACCCAAGGACUUACGAAGCCAACCAUCAACAGCCACUUAUUGCCCAAUUGCCAUCAAUGCCGUUAUCGCUGUUACCUCAGCACUUAAUUACUUCAGGAACCACAAAGAACUGUAUUCGUCUACGUGGCCUACCUUAUGAGGCUCUAGUCGAGCACAUUUUACAUUUUUUGGAUGAUUUUGCAAAGCAUAUUAUAUUCCAAGGAGUACACAUGGUUAUCAAUGCCCAAGGUCAACCGAGUGGUGAGGCUUUCAUUCAAAUGGACUCAGAGGAGUCCGCGCGCUUGUGUGCCCAACGCAAGCAUAACCAGUUUAUGAUGUUUGGUAAAAAGUACCGCUAUAUUGAAGUGUUCCAAUGCUCUGGCGAUGAUAUGAACAUGGUCCUGAAUGGCGGUCUACAAUCCCCCAUUUCCGCAACACCGCAUCCUCAUCUUUCAGCUGCAGCUAAACAGUCAUCGCUGCUUUCACCGGGUAUGUUACCUCAACCGUCGCCGUCCAACGCACAGGCAAUUAGUUCCCAUACGCAUGCUCAAGCCCACAAUCACGGUCAUUCAAAUGCCCACAUUCACACUCAUGUCCAAAGUCCCCAUAUAACACAUGCGCAUGCGCAUACGCAUGCAAUGCAAUCAUCACCAUCGAUGGCAGCAACAGUAGCUGUGCUAUCACAACAACAGCACGUUGCGAUGCCAUCAACAAAUGCACAAACGGUGGCAGCUAUGACAGCUUCGGCAGGUAGCCUUUCUCCCUUUAUGACGGCCUCAGUUGGCACAACACCAAAUGCUGCUCAGCAUCAAACCAUAACGGCACAAACAAAUGCUGCCGCUGUUGUCGCUGCUGCUGUACAAAAUGCGGUUCCACUUGGUGGGCUAGGAAAUGCGCAAACUUCAACCUUACAAAUGCCAACGAGCGCUUCAAAUGCACAAACAUCUCCUAUGGCUGCAUAUCCAUUUAAUUACCCUUUACAUUCUUCUCAGUUGUCUAUGGGCGCUAACUCUGUGCUUAUUGCGCAACAGCAGGCUCAAUAUAUCGCGCAGCAAAAUUUGUUGGCACGGCAACAAGCUGCAGCUGUGGCUGCGGAACAACAACAUCAACAACAACAGCAACAACUGUAUGCAAAUUUUAUGAACCCUUUGCUAUUCCAACACCCGUCCGCUACGGGUGCGUCUAAUGUAACGUCGCCUAGCCCUUCUACUGCGGGUACACCACCAACGCAUCCUCAGUUUUUGAUUAUGCCACGCCCAUUCUCCUUUCAACCAUUUCCGAUCGGUUAUUUGCCACAAGGCUUUCCAUAUGCAGCAACUGCAACGGGUUUGAGUGGCGCAGGUGCAUCAGGCCCAGUGGCGGGCGUCAUGCCCAACGCAACAAUGACAGCAGGCCCAACUAUGGCCCACUCAAUGAAGCGCUCGUAUGAGAAUGCCUUCCAGCAGGAAAGUAAUAUUGCGACUGCCGCUAAACGGGCUCUGACGCGCCCACCAAAUGCCGGUAGUCUAUACCAGUUCUAUAAUCCUGGAAUUUAGACAGGUUUAGAUUUGACAUAAAACACAAAAUGCUGCUAAAAGGACGAACUGAUUUUUGAUGAACUUUUUUCCUUAUAAAUAUCAGUUUUUAAGAUAGGCUGCUUUUUUACUUUGAUAUAACGUAUCAAUCCGACAGUCGUUUGUCGUUAAAAUUUUAGUUCAAGCUUGGUAUGUAUCAGCCAAUGUAAAGAUUAACGUGCCUGUGCCACGUACAUAUUCCCUUCAAUAACGUUUUAUACAUUUAAAAAGUGUUCAUAAAAUGAUGGGGACUAAAUGGUAUGAUUGCAAUAAAACACAUUAUAUUACACUGUCAUUUAAUUAAUUAUUCACAUUGUUUCCGUUUAAUAUGCAUAUACGGUCAUAUGGAAGAUUAGCUUAAGUCGAGUUAAGGGAAAAAAUAUUGAUAAUAGUCUAUACGCUCAAGCUCUUAACGUUAAGCUAUUUACCAUAACGAACAUAGGUAUAUACUUAUAUAACCAGUUAUACAUAUCUAAAUACAACUGGCACUCUAUAUAUCCACUAUAAAACAUACAUACUUCCAUAUAUGCGACAACUUACCCAGUAAGAUUUCAUAGAAUUAAGAAUAAAAUUGUGUUGUUUUUAACUGCAAUUUAGUUUGGAUAUAUUAGACUGGAAUAUCGUAAAUACAAAUUACAUUCGACGUGUAAAGUUUAUCUGGGUAAUAUAUGAAUUUGUAUGCAUCUGAAAAUAGAUUAAUUCUUGGCAUCUCAAUUUUUAUUAAAUUAUUACGACUAACGCGUGAAUUUUAUAUUCUUUUUAAACUUAACAUAUCAACAAAAUACAAAUAAGGCGAAACGACUCAAAAAGUCGAAAGAGGCUAGCAAUAUUCAUUAACAAAGGGCUUAAGAGCUGAGCCAUUCAUAUGUUUGUGAAUAAAAUACAUUUUGUAAGACUUGUGCAAUUUCAUUCUUUAAAAUUAAUUACAUUUUCCUUAAUUAUUUUUGCAAUUAAAGGGCUACUUCGUAAAUGAAUAUUGCAAGGUGUUGGAUUUGUAUUUGCCUUAAACACAAAACGUUUUGCUAUCAAUAUAAUAAGAUUCACAAAUUUUGCUGGGCUUUUUUUAUAUAUGAACACUAUUUAUAUGUAUGUAUUUGUUUAAUGCAAUUAAAAAUCUGAUUAAGCGGCUUUUAAAUCUUAAGGAUGUUCUCAACUUUUUAGUAACGAUCGAAUGAAAAAAUCUGUUUGGAAAUGAAUGUAGCAUUUAAAUGAAAACAACUUAUGAUUUCUAAAAUCGCUAUGGUCAAAACCUCUCGAUACUAAAUAUUAUAUAUAUGUUUUACUAAUUUUACAUGGCAAUAUAAAUAUCGUUCCUUAGAGCAAAUGGUUUCUAAGUAAAUUCAAACACAUAUCUAUAUACCGAACAUGUUACAUAUGUAUUAAAUUUAAACAAAAAACUAUGAAAUCAGAAUGGAUUUGUCUCCAUGGAGCGAUAUUUUAAUUUAGACUACUUAUUAUUAAGACUAAAAUUCUAUAUUCAUUCUACUAUUUAAAUCAAUGACUAGUUACAAAUGAAAACUUUUCCUUUGUCCGUUGUCUUUAAAUUCAUACUUCAGAAUUGAUCAAUAUUUAUUGUACCUACACUUUCCAUGGUUCUUGAAAGCGCACAAUUGUUUAAUAAUUUUCCUUUUUUAAGUUCGCUUGAUUUGCUCAAGAGUCAGUUCAAUAUUAUAAGUACGCUUUCUUUAAUGGUUAUUUAAUAUGAGUUCAUCAUUAUUUGUGCAUAUGUAUAUGGUGUUAGUCGCAUAUCGAUUUAUGUUUACUGUUAUUACUAAUUUUUCCCAUUUGCUUAUUCAAUUACAUGAAAAUAAUAUUUUGAAACUUUUUUUUCAAGCAAAAACUUUACCAAAAUGCGUUAUUUAUGUAUUUCUAUGAUUAUUUUUUAUUACCAAAUGACUCUAGCUAAAAUGUCAAAUAAUUGGUAUCAAUUAUUUGGGAAUUGCAUGAUGAAACAUUUCAUAAUUACACAUUUAUGCUUUGAACACAAUGACGACUGCACGACACGAAUAUACGGAAGCAGAAUUUUUUUGUCGAACAUUUUGAAAACGGCAGCGCACUUAUCGAGCAGCUGAUGGACACAACUUCGUUGGUUGUCGUACUAAAACUGUUCACUUGAAAGAAAUUUAAAUAUUUUUUAAAUUAUUAAUUGUCAUUGCAAAUGAUAUAUCAGAGGUAUUUUAUGCUUUUGUUGUUAAAAAGACAUUAGACUUGUUAAAGCUUAGAAUAAUUUUACGUUUCACAGAUUAGCGGUAACACUACAUUUACCCAUUGUCGUCGGUUUUUAAGUUUGAUUUAGCGACAGCGACAACUGCAAGCCUGCUGCCGUGAAGUAGUGCUGUUGUCUAAAUAACUGCUCAUAUAAAAAAGUGUGUUUUAAUUUUUGACAGAUGCUUGUCGCUUGCCACCAUGUAUGUGUUCCAUGCAUUACUAGUGUUUUACUGAGCUUCUUCUACCAUUUUAAAUAUGCGUCUAUAUUUUAUCUGGCGAAAUGGUAUUUACAAAUUUACAGUAGUCAUCUCGUAGUGGUGUCAAUACUAUGACAUUCCUUUUAUAUUUUUAUAAGAAUUAAAUUUUGAAGAAAUGUUAGAAUACUCGUUCAGAUAUAAGGGUAAUAAUUAGCUAUGUGAAUUGCUAUAUACCUUUUCAAUAGUACGUUUCGUGGGUUACGAAUAAACUGAUUUUAAUACAGCAUUUACUCAUGUUAGUAUGUUUUGAAAAUCAAAGUACUUAUAUACUUAUGUAGUAUAUGUACUAUAUCUAAGUCCUAUUAUCCAUAGAAGCAACAGUUUGUCUUAGCCGCCUUAAAUUUAAAUAAUUUUAUUUAAUAACACUGUGGAACAUUUUUGGGAUUAUUGUCUGGGGGGUGAGAAAUUCCAAGUCGGGGUGAUGGUACUAGGUCAGUAUAGUAAAACCCUCAAAGGGUUUGGCGUUCGUAUGUGUCAGUUUUUUUUCAUGACCUUUUAAAUUUUUUCCUUAUCUUGAUGUUUUUUCGCUUAGUUGUAACAUUUUGGCAAAAACGUAGUUUAACAUAACUCGCGAACCACUAUUAACUAUUUUUCCAAUCCAUUAGAUGGUUGUAGCAGCUUUUACACACUACAUUUGGUACCCAAUUUUCGUUCACUAUAACAUAAGAAAAAAUUUGAAAGGUCAUAAAAAAAAACUGACAUAUACGAACGCCAAACCCUUUGAGGGUUUUACUAUACUGACCUAGUACCAUCACCCUGACUUGGAAUUUCUCACCCCCCAGAUUAGCUGUUGUACUGUGUAAAGGAAGGAAAUAUUAAGUACUUCCGUUGCUAUGUCGCUAGUAACAUUGAGAAGUUAUACCUAAGAGUGUUUAAAUUUCUCAUGUCUUCUAAUUGUAUGUCUAUUACUUCGUUCGAUAGUUAACAAUAAUAUUUAAUGGCAUGCUAAAAUAGGAAAGCAUUAAAUAUAUCAAAAUAUUUAUUACAAUAUUUCUAAAUAUACCUAGAAACUAACAUUAUAAACAUAACCGAAUAUGCGACUCGAAAUUGAUUUUGUGUUCACUUAUGUACCAUAUAUGCACACCCUUACCAAAGUGUUUAUUGAUCUAUAUCUUUUGAAAAUAUGAUAAAUUCACAAUAUUUCGCCAUAGCUUUUAUGUUAAUGUUACAGACGAAGACUUAAGGCCCAUUCACAUACAACCUUCAUCGCUUUGCGUGACAGUUCAACUGAAACAACGAAAUGUCGAAAACAAAGGGUAUGUCACAAUGAACGCCUUGCUUUCAGUGUUUCCCUCUAAUAAAAUUGUCGGCUGUUGCUUGGCUUUGCGCCGAAAACUUUGUACGUACUCAUACAAAAGCGUACAUCGAACUUUUAUGUCAAAACAAAUAUCUGACACAAAGCGAAGCAAAAGUUUUAUGUGAAUUGGUUAUAUAUACUAUUACUCAAGGAAAUGCUUUCAAUGAAUAAAUCUGUAUGUAGCUCAGUAAUUGCACCGUUAACUUAGUAAUAAACAUAAUAAUUUAAUGACAAUGCAAAUUUAAAUAAACAACAAUACAUGUGUAGUUAUAUACAUUUAUGUGUUUUAGGUUUGUUUCAGUCAUCUAGUAAUCGCUAGGAAGUUGGGUUUUGGUUUAAUGUAUGGUGAUUAUUUCUUUCAGUUACUCAUGUGUGUCAUUGAUACAUGCUUACAUGCAUAUUUUUUCCAAUCGGUUAAACGUUACUGCUUACAGACAACUAUAUACAUAUGUAUAUAUAUCGACAUAUAUAUAUUCAUAUAAUAUAUAUUCAUAUAUAUCAUUCCGCAACUAAGAAAUAAAUUUUGAUAUGACUUAGGUAAUUUGUUCCUACACCUGUUCAUAAUUUCGAAUGGCGAACUUGUGUUGCAUAACUUAAUUAACAAUAACAGCUCCAAACGAGAAUAAAGUGAAAAUGUUUAAGCAUUCCCAAUGUACGUACAUUUAAUCAAAGCCUAAAUUGCUGGCGAAGGCAAUGAAGCAACCUUCCAAUUAUGAAAGUAUCAUACUGCUAGAUUGUGAAUAAAAAGUUGUAUGAAUAUUACGAAAUAUUUAAUAUUAAUAAACAUUAGACAUUUUGAUAUUACCUUUGCUCAAUUUUAUAUAAACGAACUUAUAUAAUAAUAUAAUAAAAAUAUUUUAUAGAA